CCCACCUCCAAGCUCCGUGCAUACACACAGCUAUCAUGCCUCGUUCGCUCGGCAUACACCGUCUCCUAUCAUGCACGCCCUCUAAAAGCCGCCAUCGUCUAUAGAUCCUUGUCAUGCCACAAUGAAACGGUCACUCUUUGGCAAGAAACGAGAGAGCGUGGUGGGCUCUGCCCCGCCGCAGACACUACAGCCCUCCCCAACACCCUCAAGGACAGAGACCACGUCCUCCGGCUCGACGAUGCAGUCUCCUCCAAUGUCUAUGCAGCAGCCUUGGCAACAAUACGGGGGACCUCCUCAACAGCAGCUUGCGCCAGGCUUCCAGCAGCAACAGCCAUCUUGGCUUCAAGGACCUGGUCUUCAACAGCCUCUACCACUCCCUCCCCAACAGCAGCAGUCCCCACCCCCUCAAAAUGACUCUGUAUCCGGAGAGCAGUAUCGCUACGCGCUCACGAACUUCCGCAUCGCCCACGAGAAAGUCGAGCAACAACGACUGCAGCUGGAAGAGCAGGAGCGCCAAGUCGCCGCCCUCCGCGCGCGCAUCGCGCUCCUCGAGGGCGGUCCGGCAACCGGCCCGGCGAAUGGCACCGGCAACACUGUCGACGAUUUCUCUAUUCGUAGCGCCGCCGCGCAUCUCGACAAGCUCAUCAACCGCUGGGCGUCAGAUGUUCUUCGUGCACCUCCAUGUCCGCAGAAUAACCUCGCUCGAGCGGUCCUUGCGGACCUGUCAGCUUCGCUGGCUACGGAUGCGGCCCCUCUGCGAACACAUGCGCUACUCAGACAUGCACUCGCCGAGGCCGUCGCAGAGGGCGCCUUAAACACCCUCGCGCCGACGAACUCUCCCGCCGCCAACGCCCAGCUCACCCGUCUGCACGCGCAUCUCCUCGCCCGAGCCCCUCCCGCAGCAGCCGCCUGGCGCCGCCUCACCUUCUCCGCCGCCGUCACCACCUACACCCCCACCGUCCUCCGCGGCAUCCUCGCCGAGCACGUCCCCGCCCUCUCCCGCGCGCUCCUCAACAAGCCGCUCACCCCCGCCGACGGCGACACGCCCCUCGCGCCGCCGCUCCCCGCCGACGUCCUCAUCGCCGCGCUCGACUUCGCGCGCAUGCUGCACGGCGGGGCGGCGGGGGACGCGUUCUAUCGGGCGUUCGUGCCGGAGGUGGGCGCGGGCCUGCAUCCGGGGCAGAUGGAGCUGGUGAAGCGGUGCGGGACGUCGGAGAGGGGCGGGGCGUGCCAGGUGGGCGCGACGGUGUUUCCAGGGCUGGUGAAGGUUGGCGGUGGUGGCGGGGAGGGGAAAGAAGAGCCGCAGGUGGUGGUGAGGCGCGCACAAGUUAUCUGUGAGUGUGCACUCAGCGGGGGCGCGGCGACUCCGGGGACAUGAUUGCGCACAAGCAACGAGGGCGUCGACUUCUAUAUAAGUAUUUACACCUGUAACGUCGAUAACAGCAAGACCUCGGGAUGACAACUGAGACUUCUGACGGGAUUUUCGGGGCUCUUU